AACGUUUGACUAGCGUUAGGAAAGAGGUUCUUCACACUAUUCACCGGCAAGUCCAAGGAGUGGCUGACCAACACUCAGUGACCGCUGGAAGCCUGCAGCUGGUGAAUCGGAGGUGGAUCAGUCUUCUUCGGUUCCCCGUGACCUGUGAAAACCUCUCACUUUGCUCACCUAGCUCAUAAGCCCCACGGGAACUUAAGAUGGCUCCAACUGCAGGCUUACUGGGCCUGACUCUCUUGUUUGGUGCUGUCGUUGGCCUUGGAUGGGAAGACAAAGCUGGACCUCUGGAGGACAAGAUACUUGAUGUGCCAGAAGGAACCAUGGAACCAUAUCCCAUAUAUCAGUUCAAAUCGACCAAGCCCCAAGUGACAUCAUACAGGAUGUCAGGUGACCCUGACGGCAAGUUCUUGGUGUCCAGUGACGGCUGGCUUUACCUUGAGAGGGCGCUGUCCUGGUCAGAACGGAGCCACUACAGUUUACAGAUCGAAGCCCUGGCUGACUCGGAAACGGUGGAUGGGCCAUACUCUGUGACCAUAAACGUGAUCGACAUCAACAACCACCGACCGACAUUCAACCAGACAGAGUACAGCGGGAUGGUGAGGGAGCACAGAGCAGCUGGGUUGGCUUUCAUGAGGGCUUUUGCUACCGACCUGGAUGACCCCGAGACUCCCAACGCCAAGCUGAGCUACAGCAUCCUGAGCCAGAUCCCAGAUGUCACAAAAAUACCACUUUUCCAGAUUGAUAGUGUCACCGGGGAAAUCGCCACCACCCUAGAGGGAGAGGCGACUCUGAAAGCCAGAGAUGGUGUCAUGCCCAUAGGUACAGAAGACUGGAAAAGCCAGGACAUCUUGAAGAAGAAAUUUGAAGAGUAUUGCUCCCCAGUGAAAGACAUUCCCUAUGAGUUCAACCCCUUUUACACCUGUGUCGAGAGAUCAGAGUCCAAACGGAUGAACCCAUCGGACAGCCCAGACUACACUCUGAUCAUCAAGGUGGAGGACUUGGAGGGCAAGUCGGAGAACGCGCUCAGUGACCAUGCAUCAGUCAGCAUUGUGGUGCAGCAAAAUCUCUGGUUCGCCCCAAAAUCCAUCAGGAUAGAUGAGAACCACGAGGGACCCUAUCCCAUGAAAAUCGCUGAGGUCCAGUCAAAUGAGAUUGGAGCACAUUACUAUCUUAGCCAAAAGGAACGAUAUCCCAGUUUUCCUUUUGAAAUAAACGAAGAAGGUCACAUAUUUGUCACAGCAGCUUUGGACAGAGAGGAGAAAGACAUGUAUAUUCUGGUAGUAUUUGCCAGAGAUGAUUUAGACACUGACUUAGAGGAACCCCUGGAGAUCCAAGUUGUUGUGGAAGACCUCAAUGACAACAAGCCUGUUUGUGAGCAUCUGGUGAGCCAAUUCGAGGUGCAAGAAAAUGAAGAGAUUGGUAGCUUGAUCGGAGUUCUGCAGGUCUAUGACCUCGACAAGGAGAAAUCACCCAACAGCCUUCUCAGAUACGAGAUAGUGGACCAGGAGCCCAAGACGCCCUCAGCGACAAUGUUCCUAAUCGACAAUUUUAUGGGGAAGAUUCAACUGGGCAACUCCAACCUCCAGAAGAAAGAAGUUCCAGAAUAUCACCUCACCAUCAAGGUUUCUGAUAAAGCUGGGGAUCCUACAGGGUACAGUACACAGUGCAGCGCUGUCAUCAGGGUCAUCGAUAUCAACAACGAAAUUCCGAUGUUUGAAAAGAAUGAUUAUGGGGAGGUGACCACAGCUGAAGACACAGAAUUGGGCACCACCUUGCUCAGUGUCUUGGCCACAGAUGCGGAUGACCCUGGGACUGGCAGCUCCAAGGUGGUAUACCACAUCCAAAGUGGGGACCCUGACCAUGUCUUCGCCAUUGACAACAGUGAAACCAACGGGCAACACUUUGGCAGGCUGUACAUUGCCAGGCCUCUUGAUUUUGAGACCACAUCAGUCUACACACUCCUCAUUGACGCUAGGAACCCCGAACCUCUGGUGAAGGGAGUCGAGUAUGACAACCGAUCGACGGCAGUCGUCCGUAUCCAAAUCACCAACGUUAACGAGCCCCCAGAGUUUACUGAUGACAUUUAUGAAGUAAACGUCAAAGAAAAUGUCACCGUUGGAACAACUCUCAUUGAAAUGAAGGCCGAAGACCCAGAAGGCAAAGAUAUCAGAUUCAAAUUGGAGGGAGAUGAGAGGAACUGGCUAGCCAUCAACCCAAAUACUGGGGAAAUCAAAACGAAGGCUGGUCUAGACCGGGAGGAAGUAUCAGAAUACAAAGUACGCGUGUUUGCAUAUGAAAAGGACUCACCCAACCUACAGACACAGAGGGAUGUUAACAUCCGGCUGGAAGACGUCAACGACAACGUCCCCAAGCUGACGGCGACGCGGGGCUUUGUGUGUGCGAAUCACCCCCAACCCGUCAUCCUGAUCGCUGAAGAUAAGGACGGACCACCCUUUGGACAACCUUUGACCUUUGCCAUGUCUAAAAAGGCUCCUAACUGGGAGAUUAGGCAGACUGAUGGAACGUCUGCUAAACUUCUGUUGAAGAGUGCACCCAAAGAGGACGUGACAUUUAACAUCCCGAUCAGCAUCAAAGACAACGCAGGCCUGGGAGUGCCUCAGCUGUUUGAGGUCCGCGUGUGUAACUGCACACAGCUGGGCUAUUGCUACAUAGCACCCGCCCCCCAAGAAUGGAGGCUGGGAUUGCCCAAGACCAUAGGGAUCCUGGCCGGGACGCUCGGCGGCGUGGGCCUGCUACUCUUGAUAGUUUUCUACCGAAUCAGAAAGAGCGACGAGAAGAAGAAGAAGGCAGUGGCCCAGGGCGAGGGGGAAACCAUGCUGCAGUAAAUGCGGAGGAGCGGGAGUCGCAUGGUUAACUGUCACACUGCUCUUUCGAUUUUAUUGCAUGUAUCUACACGGGGUGAAUUAUUAGAAACAUAUUCUGAAUUCAGGUGCAUGUUUUUUAUUGUGCACAACUUGCUCAGGGACAUGCUCAUCAUCUAAAAAGUGGUGGUGGGGGGUGGGGGGUAGUGGAGGGGCAUUUGAAAUGGUAUAAAUGCUGAAUACUUUAGCACAAACACUUUUAUUAAAUAUUAUAAAUAUGUAUAAUAAAUCAAUUUUAAUUAAAGACUUUCUGAAAGUGUUACACCAGAGACUGGAAAAGUUGUGGCCCGCCCCAGCCCAACCACACCCUGUCACAUCAGUAUCAGAAAUAUGCACUGACUUCUCUAUCUGUCAAACGUUUUUGUUUCAUAGUUGGUUUGAUUAUGAAAUAACCGCAGUGAAUUAGCACAUAAGUCCAGUCAGUAAUGUGAGUAGCAGUUUGGAUGUUGGAGGUAUUUAUUUUAUAUUUGUACCUCCCAAUUUAAAUAAAUUUGAGAAUUCACAAAGUACAGUACUUCCAAUUUUCUUAGCUGUGUUUGAACCACUGUUACUGUCUUCAGUUAUUGUGCUGUCACUGAACAAUGGCUGGUCGUUUCAAGCCGUUUCACGACCCCUUAUAAAUAAAUGUGAGACACUGUUUAUGUAAAUUAUAGCCUGCUUUUGGAAUGUUCCGUCGUUUAGAAGUUACCAUCUGAGCAAUAAUUGCUCUCCCCUUGAGCACAUUCGACAUUUAGCAUGUUUCUCAGAAUUUUUUGGUUACGGUGGGGGUGCCAUGAGUAGGGGGGAACCAGACUGUACCUAUUUCUUCCAAACGCAUCAAAUGCGUCACAAUGGUUCAACAUAAAAAGUCUGCAAUCAUGUUAAUAAGGUUAGUAUAUUUGCAUACUUGUGCACAUGCAUUAUUUCUGGAGGAAACAGUGUUUGUUUUUAACACAAGUGUUAUUAAAUAAAGUGAGCUGCUUCGGUGACAA